AAUACUUUUGCAUAUCCUUUUAGGUACCUGAUCGAUUUGUCAAUCCUGUAUUAAGGGGCAGGCUAAGAACUCCCUUUUUUUGUUUUGUUUUGUUUCAUGUUUGCGUUUCACUCUUGUUGCCCAGGCCAGAGUGCAACGGCAUGAUUUUGGCUCAAUGCAACCUCCACCUCCCGGAUUCAACCAAUUCUACUGACUCAGCCUCCUGAGUAGCUGGGAUUACAAGCAUGUGCCACCACGCCCGGCUAUUUGUAUUUUUAGUAGAGAUGGGGUUUCUGCAUGUUGGUCAGGCUGGUCUCAAACUCCCGACCUGUGGUGAUCUGCCCACCUUAGCCUCCCAAAGUGCUGGGAUUACAGGCAUGAGCCACUGUGCCCUUUCUAAUGCUGCUUGCUUAUCUAUUGGAGUAGGGGUCUCAGACAGAACCCCCAUUUCCUCUUUGUUAUUUUGGCCCAGUGAUAAUGUUACUGGGACCGUUCACCCUGUGCAUGAUGCUAAGAUUUCUCCCCACCUGUUCCCAGAGCUUUACGUCUAGCAUAUUUUCUGCCAGGAACCAUGGGCUGUGGGAACAACAGCUUGCGUUAGGCCCCUUAAUUGAGCCUGCGAAACCGAGGUUCCCCUAGCCUUGAGCAGUUGUUUCAAUACUUCUAUAUACUGUUUCUGUUGAGCUGGUAAGUGUUGUCCCAUGAUGAAACCUCAGCCUGAACAAUCCCCCACCCCUGAUCUUGGUAAUCCCCAGCAGGUACCAAUGACUUACUCACUGUUUACUGACUUGACGGUGCAGUCCUCUUAAUCUUCAUUUCAUGGGUUCCAGCAUGCUAUCUUUGCAGCGACGGUGACAUGGGUACCACUGUUGGGGUCACCACCUGCAGGGGUCUGUCCUGCAGACCCUGACACAAUGAUAGGUGAGUAAAGUACACUGACACACAGAUAUUAUGCUUUGCCAGUUUGACUGAGUGUCCGUGGCCACACAGAGGAGAGUGCUAUAAAGAGAUAGCGGCGCUGACACACUGGCCUCACCAGUCUUCAUUGAGCACAUAUUAAAUGACAAAAACUGAGUCAACACCACUAGAGGUUAAAGAUUAAAGAUAAGUUCCAAUACCCAAAGCAAACACCAUUAGUGGGUAAUAUCCAUGAUUGACCUCCCCCACCGAGAGGGCCAUCUGGAAUGAUCAAAGGUUAACUGUGUAGGACCACAUGAGUAAACAAGCUAGUCAGGUAAACUCCUCACAUUCCUCUUUUUCUACUCUAAUUUAUGUAAGGGGAGAAGGCUACAUUUAGCCAAGAACUACAGAAAAAAAACCCUUUGGCCUUUCAAAAGGGUUUGAGACUAUUCUGUGAUUUUCCCUAAUAUAUCUCCCUGAAUAUUUUGCCACUACCCUGACUGAAUCCCCAACAUGGUGAUACAACCACAAUGUGAAAGUCUAAGUGUUUUUACUACUUACAGACACUGGGGAGCACUCAGCACACCUGGAGACCACAGACACAGAGGUCAGUGAGCCCAGGCAGGGAGGAGAGAAGGGACCUGUAGCCAAUGGCUUUAUUAAGUCCAGGGUGUUAUCUGACAGGUUUCCAGCAGGGAGCAUUAAUGGAUGUGUAAACACUAGGACCAGGAGAUCACACUGUGACUGAGAAGUGCUCACUUCAUUUAUUUAUUUUUUAAUUCUUGCUAUUAUGAUUUUUUGAGAUGGAGUUUUGCUCUUGUUGCCCAGGCUGGAGUGCAAUGGCACAAUCUCCAACUCACCACAACUUCCACUUCCCAGGUUCAAGCAAUUCUCCUGCCUCAGCGCCCAGGGUAGCUGGGAUUACAUGUGUGCACUGAGGUGGUCACUUUAAAUUUGAGGGCAAAUGUCAGAACUGUCAGUGUAAAGAAAGCAGCUGGAGAGAGGGGAGCCCAGCAAAGCAAGCAUGAGAGAUGCCUCUAAGAUUUUCUCUCUGGCCACCAACUGGAGCCACUUGACCCAGGUACAGUAUUAGAAACAGCCAUGGUGACCAAGCCCUGCCUCUGAUGUGAGGCAAGUAAAACUACACCUUAAAAACUAAAUGCUAAGGCAAUACAACAUUAUGAGCACUCAAGAUACCCACGGACACCAGCAGGGUGCGGUGCUGUGCCCUGGAGUAGGAUCCUGGGUUCUGGCCUCUGGGAAUGAGAAAUGAAAAUGACUUGUCCCUGCUCCCCUGACAUUGAUCUUCCUGCCCUGAUGCUCCCUCUUCUGCUCCUAAACCCAUGUGCAGUCCCAGACCCAGAUGUCACUGCCCCCAGGGUAUCCACAGUGCUGCCUACUGCACAUAAACACAAACUCACAGGAGGUGACAAAAAUCUGCGUUUGGGACACUUGGUUGAUUGUGAAAGAGGAAGAACAGUAAACUUACAGCUACGGAGACUGAGACUCACGGGGCUGGAAGGUGAUGGAGCUGUCACAUGACAUAUGUGUGACCUCAUGUGGAACGUGCAGAUCCACGUGGAAUAAAACACACAGGCUGGCCUGGGAAUGCUGCUGUCCACACUUCCCUCCCUGUCCACCAGAGGGCAGAAGAGUCCCUCCUGGCCUGGAGCCUCCCUGGGGGUUGCUGACCUCUCAGGGCCCAGAGCCCAGCAUGGUCCACCCGCAUGGUCCCCCAGGGUCACCUUGGCUCACAUCCUCCCACAUCCUCUUCGCUCUCUGAGAUCCCCACAGGGACUCUGUCAGCUCCUCCCUACUGAUGGCCACUCCCUCUACAAACAGUUCCUUCCCCCAUAUUCUUUCCUUCCUUGGAUCUGAGCCAAUAGGACAUCUCCCAGGGCCGUGCUUGUGCACAUGAAGCCACACUGGGCACUUUCCCUUCAUGAACUCCUUCCAUCCUCAUCAACACUUUCUGUCACUGCUCUCUAAGUGCCCACCCACACUCCAUCUGUCCUGUUCUCUGGGGCAUCCCAAGCCAAGCCUAGAACUGACACAGAACAGUGGCUGCCUGGGGUCCCACAGAGUCCCUGGAAAUCAGUCAGACACCCUGUGACCUGCCUGCUGCACCCCAGGAGGCACAGAGUGCGUGUGAUGAUCACGCACAGGCACCAUCUGGGAUGUGGCCGCCUACCCCCGGCUGUCCCUCGUGAAGUCAGGAGGGAAAACCGACCUCUCCUGUGUUCAUAGGGGGAAAACAAAGGGUAUUAGUUCUCUUUGCUCCUAGAAACAACCCAUCCCCACUCACCCUCUCAGGUGUGAGCAACGUCCCUCCAGACAGACCUUCUGGCCACUGCCUUUUCUUCCCCUAGAGAGAGCAGCUUGGCCAGGUCAUAACCCUCAGAACAGACCCCUGAGUAUGUCAGCACAUGGAGGGCUGAGCCCAUCAUGGCCACGCAGUAAGUCGGGAUGAAUCUCUCCAGUUCUGAGCCCCUGCUCUGUCCCAGGCUUCCCCUCCUGAGUGUUAACGAUCCAUGUCCUACGGGAUUCCUGGGUAACUCCCCGCUUCCUGCUGAGACCUCGAUCAUGUCAGGGUCACCACCACCUGCAGAGGUCUGUCCUGCAGACCUUGACUCAGCAACGGAUGAAUAAAUGCACUCUCACACCCAUUACAGUGAUUCCAGUGGGCUAGGGCUGGUCAUAGGCUGCUUUCAGACGGCAGCUGCAGCCAACUGACCAAGACUCCCUCUCCAUCCUCACAUGUAAAAUGUAUUCAGGAUACAUUUUAGAACAGAGGUUCUAAGUCAACAUGCUUGUGGAUAAUUAACAUGGUUAAAAGAGUGGUUUUACAAAUGAUAAAACCUUUAGGUUCUGGGCUCAGAGUAAACACUAUUAAUGGGUAAUUCCCCUUUGACCUCCCCUGAGAGGCUCAUCCUGCAGACAGGUUACAUGAUCAAACAAAUCAGAGUAGAGACAAAGGGAUGUGGGGUAAACAGACAGCUGGGGAAAUUUGAUUGCUCUAUCUUUUACCCCAUGAUAAAAUUCCAACGUCAUGAACUGGCUGCCUUCAGGCUGUUCCAUCGAAACCUUUAGGCCCUCCAAAAGGUUUGAGACUCUAUCCUUCUAACUUUCCCUAAUAUUUCCCUAAUAUUUUGCCAGCCACCCUGAGUCAACCCCAACAUCCUGCUGCACCACCACGGGAAAGGUGCGGGGACCACAGCACAAUCAGCCGGGCAGAGAAGAGAGGACACCCAAGAUGGUCAGGAAAAACACGAAAAACCCUGAGCCCCAGCUCAGCUGCCAGACCCCAGGGGGCAAGAGAAUGACUGAGAACUGUCCCUGUGACCAUGGGACUAUGAGCAACCAGCACAGGCCUCUCCUCCCAAGGGGCAUGAGAGAUUUACCCUGCGCACCUCCAGGAAGGACAGUUUCCUCUGGGACACCCAGGUCCUCAAUGUCCAUCCUUGGAGGCUGCAGCCAAGUUAGAUGCAAUCAGAGAAAGGAAGGGUCCCUCUCACCAGCCAACACUCAGCUGACCCACAGCACAGUCGGGUGUCGCUGUGACAGGGACCUGGUGCAGCCCCAGGCCCCUGCACUGAAGGGAAGACCCAGGUGGGGAUGAGAGAGGGCAAAGGGUGUGAAUGUGCAUCCCAACCUUGAGCCAUGGGGACAGCAGGAGGCUGAGGCUCAGGACUGUGCUUGCCCAACUUUUAGGGUAUGUGUGUGACUGUGUGUGUCUGUGUGUGUGUGUGUGUGUGUCUGUGUGUGUGUGUGUGUGUGUUUCUGCACAUAGUGUGUGUAGAGGUGGGUGAGAGAAUCACUGCUGAAGGAGGCAGAGCAGUUCCCAGGGGCCGGAAACACAGAGAAAAGGAAAAAGAGAAGGAGGGAAAACAGAGGCAGGACCGAGGGGAGGGGAUGAGAGGUGUCCUGGGUACAGACCCCGCCCAUGAGACUAAGAAGUGCUCCUGCCCUGGGAAGAGGCUCAGUGCAGAAGGAGGAAGGAGAGCAGAGCUGGCAGCCGUGAUCUGAGGAGGACACGCAGGCAGCAGAGACCAUGGUGUUCCCUUCAGCACCUCCCUGCACACAGCCCAUCACCUGGCAGGGGUUCCUGCUCACAGCAUCACUUUUAAACUUCUGGAACCCACCCACCACUGCCCAAGUCAUGAUUGAAGCCCAGCCACACGUUGUUUCAGAGGGGAAGGAUGUUCUUCUGCUUGUCCACAAUUUGCCCCAGAAUCUUAUUGGCUACAGCUGGUACAGAGGGAAAAUCAUGGACAUCAACCACUACAUGACAGCAUUUUUAAUAGACCGUCACAUAACUAUAUUUGGGCCUGCACACACUGGACGAGAAACAAUAUAUCCCAAUGCAUCCCUGCUGAUCGAGAAGGUCACCCAGAAUGACGCAGGACCCUACACCCUACAAGUCAUCACACAAGGUGAUAGGAAUAAUGGAGAAACUGGACAUUUCACCUUACACCUGGAGACUCCCAAGCCCUCCAUCACCAGCAGCAACUCAAAACCCAGGAAGGCUGACACUGUGACCUUAACCUGUGAACCUGAGAUUAAGGUCGCAAACUACCUGUGGUGGAUAAAUGGUGAGAGCCCCCCAAGCAGUAGCAGGCUGCAGCUGUCCAAUGACAACAGAACCCUCAUUCUAUUCAGUGUCACGGAGAAAGAUGCAGGACACUAUGAAUGUGAAGUGAAGAACCCAGUGAGUGCCAGCCGCAGUGAUCCAGUCAUCCUGAAAGUCCUUCCGCAGCUGCCCAAAGUCUCCAUCGCCGGCAACAAAUUCACCGCCGUGGAACAUGAGGAUGAUGUAACCUUAACAUGUGAACUUGAAAGUGAAAACUCCACCUACCACUGGUUGGUAAAUGGUCAGAGCCUCCAGAUCAGUCCCAGGAUACAGCUGUCUCAUGAUUACAGGACGCUCACUAUACACAGUGUCACAAGAAAUGACACAGGAUCCUAUCAAUGUGAAGUACGGACCUCAAUGGAUCCCAUCCACAGUGACCCAGUCACCCUAACUGUCCUCUAUGGUCCAGACGCCACCAUCAUUACUCCUUCAGAUACCCUUUACCGUCGAGGAGGAAACCUCCACCUCUCCUGCUUUGCAGACUCUAAACCACCAGCACAGUAUCUUUGGAUGGUUAAUGGGACAUUUCUGCCAUCAGGACAAGAGGUCCAUGUCUCCCAUAUCACUACGAAGAAUAGUGGGCUCUAUGUUUGUUUUGCUCAUAACUCCGCCACUGGCAAGAGACACUUUGCAUUCAAGAAGAUCAAAGUGGUUGACUGAACUGGACCGUGGAUUCUUCUAGCUACUCGAAACCAGUGCUCUCCCAUGGAAUUACUAAGAACAAGAGCUGCUCUGUUCCUGAAGCCCUAUAAGCUGGAGGUGGACAACUCAAUGUAAAUUUCAAGAGAUAACCCUCGUGCCUGAGGUGUGAGCCGCUUAGAGACUUCACUGAAAUGUUCGACGCACCAUGACGAGAGACCCUGACACUGCAGACCAGGACGAGAGUUGACAACUUCACACUGUGGACAGCUUUUUCAAAGACGUCAGAACAAGACUCCUCUUCACGAUGAAACUUUCACCCCUCUUAAUUUGUUCUUGCUUAUGCCUCCUUCACUUGGCAGGAUAAUGCUGUCAUUAGAAAUUCACCCACCGUCCUGGUAUUGUAUUGCCCAGGGGGAGCUGCCUGAAACAAUGCCUCACAAAUAAAAGUCAAUUCGAUGUAUAAUUAAAUUACUUGGAACUUUGUUUUAUGAUGCAUGUUCACAGCCAGUGAGGGCCAGUGGAAUCUCUCAGGCUGCACGUUUCUCAGUCUGACCCUCCUGCCUCUCACUUUUACUUACAAGGACCCUUCUGAUUUCACUGGGCCACCCCAGAUUAUCCAGAAUAACCUCAAGAUACUUAACUUCAUUACCACUGCAAAGUCUUUUCACCAACAAAGGUAGAUGCAUGUGUCAGGGGUUAGAAUGUGGACACUUUUUGGAGGCCAUUGUUCUGCCUAACACAAGUAACCUUCUUUUUUAAAAUGUAUUCAUUAUACUUUAAGUUCUGGGGUACAUGUGCAGAUCAUGCAGGUUUGUUACACAGGUAUACACAUGCCAUGGUGGUGGUUUGCUGCAUCCAUUGCCCUGUCAUCUACAUUAGGUAUUAUCUCCUAAUGCUAUGCCUCCCCAUCCCCCCACCUCCUGCUAUUCCUCCCCUAGCUCCCCACCCACCAGGCCCCAGUGUGUGAUGUUCCCUUCCCUGUGUCCAUGUGUUCUCAUUCUUCAACACCCACUUAUGAGUAAGAACAGGUGGUGUUUCAUUUUCCGUUCUUGUGUCAGUUUGUUGAGAAUUAUGGUUUCCAGUUUCAUCCAUGUCCCUGCAAAGGACAUGAACUCAACCAUUUUUAUGGCUACAUAGUAUUCCAUGGUGUAUAUGUGCCACCUGUUCCUUAUCCAGUCUACCAUUUGGGUUGGUUUCAAGUGUUUGCUGUUGUGAACAGUGCUGCAAUAAACAUACAUGCUAACACAGGUAACUUUCAAAAACUUCACCCACAACACACAUUUGUUUUGUAUAGUUUAAGACAAAGACGAUAACAGCCCUUUCCCAAAACAAACCUCCUUCUUGUCUGGGGACUAGACUGCCUUUGUAGGACUAACAAAUUAGCCACAAGAUUAGAAAUUAUGGUUUAAGAGUCAUGCAGUUCGAGGCUACAAGAUUCUGACCCUGCCUAAACUGCUCGUAACAUCAGUGUUUGAGAUAUGUUGUGGAUCCGCCACCUGAUGGAUCGGCUGGCACCACCCAGAUUGAUAAACUGGGUCAUCUGAUCUUGUGACCCUUCACUGAGGAGCCGACUCAGCACAAAAGGACAGCUUCAACUUCCUAUGAUUCAUCUCCUACCUUACCAAUCAGCACUCAUGCUACAUCAGCUAAUACUAAAAUCAGAUAUACAAUUUGAAUGAACUCCAUGGUCUAAGUCAAAUUACCUACGAUAACCCAUCAGUUAUCAGUGCUAUGCACAGAAUUUGAAGAAAGACUAGGAUUCAAGAGGAUAUAAGUCUAAUAUGAACUAGGCAUGGACUCAUGGAGAACCAGGAUGGCCACCUUGUCCUUCCUAAGUCCUUAAAGCUUUCAUCAUUACAAACUCGGAAUUCCAUAACUCACGAUGGAAAUGAAAAAUAUUAAAUGGACUAUAUUGGUGUGGUGACAUAAAUUGCUUAAAGAGUUUAUAACCAAUGAUUGGCCCCAUAUUUCUGAGAAAACAAUCAAAGCUUCAGAUACUCCUGGUCACCUGGUGCUCCAUUUAAACAUUUUAAAAUGAGAUUUCAUUCAAUUGUUAUUUUCAAUGCAUGUUUUCUCACUCUGGUUGUAUAAAAGUUCUCCCACGCAAGGGGGCUGAUGUUCUACACUAAGUUAGUACGUUACAUUGUAUUUUCACCAGGUAAAGAUAGUUUUCUAUGGUUCACUAAAUAACCUAAGAAUUGGAUCUUCUAAGAACAUCAGAGAAAGACUGUCCUUGCCAUCCAGAUUGUAGCAAAACGUUGGAACCUUGAACUUUGGGUUCAUAACAUGACAACUGUGAAGGGCCCCUCCACAUGCUUGGAAAUGCACACCCAUUGGAACCCUUAAGGUAAAUCUAACCAGGGAAGUCUCCCCAGAAGAAGCUGGCAUCCUUGAUGUGAAAAGUGUUUCCAAGAUCAUGGAUCAAGACUUCUACCAUCACGAGACUGUUAUCUUUGAAUGUUUUUUUCUUUUUGGGGCCUCUAUGAACAACAGAAAUGAAAAACACAUCUGUUGUGUGCACUUAAUGGUGUACACUUUAUUUGUGAAGGAUUUUGCAGCCAGCCUUAUACAUAGAUAGCCUGAUGUUUUGAUAGGUAAAACAUGAAGGCCCAAUGUAGGUGAGAAACUUUAAUGGUAUGUACAUUGCCUCAUGCCCAGUCAGAUUCAGAACAUUAAUUCACUCCUCUUAACCUACAUUAUGAGUUUGAAACAUUGCCAGGAGGCCUUCGCUUUUCUAUAAUGGAAGGGCAUUAUUUGUUAUGACCUUUUUAUGUGGUUUGAAAUAAAUUAAGCAAUGAUUAGAAAUGUGUCUUUCAUAAUAGGCUCUAUAGCAGAUUCUACUACUGUAAAGGCUAUGGUUACACAGGAGGUUAAAUUCUCAGUGAAAGUUAUGCUAAAUAAGGGAAUUGGAUAAACAGAAAAGUAUCUGUGCAGCUGCUGGCACUUGUGGCCUCUGGAGAAAACAUCAGGUAUUACGGAGAUUUGGUUGUAGAAGAUUAAUAAAAAGGUUGCUUAGUUAAGUGAGUAAGCUCUUUACCUAGCCGGUUCUUUGACGUCUUUAAUUUUAAGUGAUUUGGUUUAUGGGGACCCUGGACAAAAAGUAGACUCUAAACUCUUGGUAUUAUCCUCCUGACGGUGGCAGUAAUAGUCUCCCUGGUGCACUGUAUAUUCUCAAAGCUGUUAAGCGUUUGCACGCAGUCAUCUCUAGAAUGUCAGAUGGUUCCUCUUCAACCAGAAGGACAC